AUGGCGGAUGCGGAAUGUAGGGUCUGCCGGCGGCCGGGCCGUGCGCCGCGGGCCAGCUCCAGCUCCACGUCCGAGGAAAUACAACAUGCUGAAGACUUUCUUAUCAAACCUGAAUCCAAAGUGGCUCAGUUGGACACGUCUCAGUGGCCCCUGUUGCUAAAGAAUUUUGAUAAGCUAAAUGUAAGGACAACACACUAUACACCUCUUCUUUGUGGUUCAAAUCCUCUGAAGAGGGAGAUUGGGGACUAUAUCAGGACAGGCUUCAUUAAUCUUGACAAGCCCUCCAACCCCUCUUCCCAUGAAGUGGUAGCCUGGAUUCGACGAAUACUUCGGGUGGAGAAGACUGGACAUAGUGGUACUCUGGAUCCCAAGGUGACUGGCUGUUUAAUCGUGUGCAUAGAACGAGCCACUCGCUUGGUGAAGUCACAGCAGAGUGCAGGCAAAGAGUAUGUGGGAAUUGUCCGGCUGCACAAUGCUAUUGAAGGGGGCACCCAGCUUUCUAGGGCCCUAGAAACUCUGACUGGCGCGCUAUUCCAGCGACCCCCACUUAUUGCUGCAGUAAAGAGGCAGCUCCGAGUGAGGACUAUCUACGAGAGCAAGAUGAUCGAAUACGAUCCUGAAAGAAGAUUAGGAAUCUUUUGGGUGAGUUGUGAGGCCGGGACCUACAUUCGGACACUGUGUGUGCACCUCGGUUUGUUGUUGGGAGUUGGUGGUCAGAUGCAGGAACUUCGGAGGGUUCGUUCUGGAGUCAUGAGUGAAAAGGACCACAUGGUGACAAUGCACGAUGUGCUGGAUGCUCAGUGGUUGUAUGAUAACCACAAGGACGAGAGGUACCUGCGGCGAGUCAUUUACCCUUUGGAAAAGCUGCUGACGUCUCAUAAACGGCUAGUUAUGAAAGACAGUGCAGUGAAUGCCAUCUGCUAUGGGGCCAAGAUUAUGCUUCCAGGUGUUCUCCGAUAUGAGGAUGGCAUUGAGGUCAAUCAGGAGAUUGUGGUCAUCACAACCAAAGGGGAAGCAAUCUGCAUAGCCAUUGCAUUAAUGACCACAGCAGUGAUCUCUACCUGUGACCAUGGUAUAGUAGCCAAGAUCAAGAGAGUGAUCAUGGAGAGAGACACUUACCCUCGGAAGUGGGGUUUAGGUCCAAAGGCAAGUCAGAAGAGGCUGAUGAUCAAGCAGGGCCUUCUAGACAAGCACGGCAAGCCCACGGACAGCACGCCUGCCAGCUGGAAGCAGGAGUAUGUUGACUACAGCGAGUCUGCCAAGAGAGAGGUGGUUGCUGAAGCAGUGAAAGCCCCACAGGUGGUUGCCGAAGUGGUAAAAGCUCCAAAGCGGAAGCGAGAGAGUGAGAACGAAAGUGACGAUGCCCCUCCAGCAGCUCCUCAGGUGGUCCAGAAGGAAAAGAAGAAGAGGAAGAAGGACAAGAAGGCCAGGGCUGCUGUGCCGAGCGGGCCCGAGCCCGGCGGGGACGGGGACAGUGACACCACCAAAAAGAAGAAGAAAAAGAAGAAAGCGAAAGUGGCAGAGUGAUCUGUGAGUAGGGAAGCCCACUGCAACCGCCGCGUCCGGCUGAGGCACAAAUUAAAGCCUUACCGAGAAAACGUAGCUUGUUUUAUUGUUGAGGGAGUAGAACAUGGGUCCCAGACAGGGUGGCGACUUCUAGGACAUUCUAGCGGCUACGUGAGACCUCGGUGAUGUUACCUGGUGUGGUCAUCCCAUCUUGUCCUGUUUUAAGGAUCUGAGUGACGAAAGAGGCAGAUCUGGUGCCAUCUGCUUCUGUGCUCGAGUGGGGAAGCCUCGCCUUCAGACCAAGCACUGCCCAGGAACGUCUGCGGCUGUUCGCCAAGGGCCACCUGAACAACAUCACAGUCCUCUCCUGCUGUGCUUCUUUUUUUUUUUAAACCCUCUGUCUAAAAUGUUUGUAAAAAGUGUCUGUUCAAUGAAAGGGUAGAGAGCCCUGAACAAGUGACAAAAGGGUAUAACCGAACCAAGCGGUUGACUGGGGAAAAGCUUGUCUCUGAUGUCCUAUGAGCACACUGUUACAUCCUGCUGUCCGGGUGCAGUCCCGACAGGCCUCUAUGCACUGCCUCAAAGCUUGUACGCACAGCAGCGUCCACCUAAAUCCAUCUGGCUUCUUGUGUCUGUGACAAGCUGAACCGUUCUUAUACCCUCUUGUUUUCUUCUAAACAAUGAAAUUGCUCAUUUCUGGGAGAAUGUUGUAAUUUUUAAUUAUUAAAGUUGACUCAUUAUGUUUUUUAAGUAUUUCUGUUGGUUUUCUAAUUGUUGGUGAUCUCAAAAUAGCAGAGCAAAAAAUAUAAAAUAUUUUCAUUAAAAAUA